GCCAUCUGUGCAUGCGGCGCAACAAACGGUGUCUUCUGGCCUACCAGCGCUUGCGAGCAGAGCGUCUGGAUGAAUUGGUGUGGGCCAAUAACGAGAUUUCAAAGGAGCAGAUGGACAACCUCUCGCCGCAGGAGCAGGAGUACCUGAAAAAAUAUAACGACCUGGUGAGCGAGUUUAAAGGGCCAUUGGAGAAAAUUGACCUUGGAGGGACACUGGAGCCGCCGGAAGACGUGUUCAUCGAUGUGAGAGUGUUAAAAGACGCCGGUGAGAUCCAGACUGAGUACGGAGUUUUCAACCUGACUAAGGACUCGCAAUUUUUCGUUCGCCAGGCAGACGUCGAGAGACUCAUCCAGCAGGGGUAUCUCAAAAAACUCUAGGACUGCUCUAUUCUCUUACACCAGUUAUAGAAGCUUUCGAAAAGCUGGUAGUUAUGACCGCUCUUCCAGAUGAGCUUGAUUGGGUUUCCGAGCAGCACCUCUACCUGAGCCCGAUCUUGCAGGAACCGUUUUUGACGGCGGUAAGCUCGCGACCACACAUCGCCCGGCAGCUCUAAAACGACUGAGCCCGAGUUUCUGGUCUUGUCCACAUUUUCCAGCCCAUCGAUCCGCUCAAGCAGCUUCUCGGGAGUGCACUGGAGCUCGCGACGCGUUUUCUGAUGCACGAUACUGUUGAACAGGUCUGCAUCAGGCCGCUCCGGCUGAAAAGACCAAAACAGAAUCCAUCGUCGUGUUCCUGCCAGUGCCUGGCUGCUGCGGAACUCAUGCACGCCAAAAUUGUCGAUUUUGCGCGCGCGCAGAAGCGAGAUCAGGGGCUUGAGAGAGUCAUAUUUUCCAAUAAGACUGGAAAACCAGCGUAUAGAAGAAGCUUUCACGGUCUCACUCUCCAAAAUCAUCCGAUGCACAAACGCCACCUCCCCGCCCUCGACCACGAGCUCGUUAGCUGCGGCAGUGGGGAACCGGGGGCCGGACUUGAUUUCUGCUCUUCUUUCCAUCUCGUCAAAAGAAGAAUAAAAAGGCGGGUUACAAACGACAAACCCGUUUCGAGAGCCCAGUAACUCAACAAAACGGCUGAACAGCGGCUCCUGGGGUCUGGUUAGCACCAACUGGAUUUUUUCCUGCAAGUGAUUUUGCUCCACAAUAUCCCGAGCCAGCUCCAACGACUCUUGGUCGAUAUCUGUGCCUACAAACUGCAGAUCGAACAGUUUGGCUCCCAGCAGCGCAUAUAUCGCCAGAUGGCCGGUCCCAACGUCGAGCCCCACAUGUUUUGUCCAGGAACCCAGUAAUCUGCGCAUGAAUUCGAGGUAGUCGAGACGAUUGAAUAUUCGCGGACAUAAUCUGUCGCUAUGUAUGUGUACCUUGAGACCCCAUUCUUUUAACAAGACCUCGGUGAUCGCAAUCACCGCGUCAUUGUUGCGGAAAUCGUACUUUCCCCCCUUGAAAUAGGGGGCCAAUUGCGGGUAUUUCACCAGCAGAGUGUCAAAAUCCAAUUUCCUCGAAAUAAUAUUAUUUUCCAUAUUUUUUCACUUUUGUUCUCAUGUCCUUUCUAGACGAGAUCAUCCUCCAAGACGUUGCCAAGUACUGUCCAGAACAGUUUGUCAACUACCACCAAUGUAUCCAGUCACCAAAUAAGAAGCCUAUCGACUGCGUUCCAAUGCAACUGGCGCUGCAACAGUGCGUCAAGAAUGACGUGCCGUCAUUUCAAAAAAUCCAGCACAAUUGUUCGUCCGCGAUAUCCCAAUACGAAGAGUGUCUACGCGGAGGAGACUCGGCCAAGUGUUUGGACCAAUUGGACUCUCUAAGACAGUGUGCCGUUAAGCAAGUGCAAGUGGACUCCCAAUCCCUAGAUGGAAAAUAUUCGUGUGUGGGUACCUUCAUCUUUGGUCGCCACAAUGAUAGAGUCGCCAAGCCGGCAAACUACCUCACCACUCUGGGAGCCGUUGAACAGGUCGAGUCGGGUACUUUCUAUAGAAAGAGAUACUUUGGUUUGGACGAAGACGGGAAUUCUGUGGAAUCGGACUUUGUUAUCCAAGGACUAGACCCACAGGGCUACUUUGUCUACGGAGACACUUAUGCUCAAUGUCCAGCUUCGACAGUCAUAGAGUACUCCCAAAUGUCUUUUCUGCAGGGCCUGUACCCUCCUUCCACUGCCGUGAACACAAACGAGACUCUCGCAGAGACCCAGGACUCCGAAUUGAGCAACGGUACCUCUAUUGAGGCUCCUUUGGGUGGAUACCAGUACGUCUUUAUGGACGUGCAGUCGGAAACGUCUGACAAUUAUUUCUGGAUUAAGGGAGACGAGAAUUGUCCUUCAUCGGAUGCUGCCAUUGAUGCCUGGUAUGAAACGGAUGCGUUUAAAGAGCUCAAUUCGUCUACAUUCGAUUUCUACCAGUCACUGGCUGGAGUUCUUCCAUCGACCAAAUUCCCUAAGUCUAAGCUCAAUUUUGGUAAUGCAAUGAGCAUUAACGACUUCGUUUUCGUCGAAAGCAUCCACGACGAGGACUGGGCUACCAAGUGGAACUCUUCACUUCGUUACCGAAUCGCCACUCUUGCAGACGCUGCUCAAUGGGGUAUUUCGUACGAUGCUUCCAACAAACUAAAUAACUUCACAAUUGGAGGACAAUCACUUCUGGGAGCAUCUCUCACUUAUUUGAAUGCCACCAAGGAGAAAGGUACACCUUACAUCAACCUCCUUACUGGCUCGUACAACACGAUGUACCAGAUUUUCGGUCUUUUGGAGCUGAACAAGGUCUCUGAUAAUUUCACCGGUAUGCCUGGCUACGGAGCUACGUUGGUGUGGGACCUGUUGAAAGACACGUCCGAAAACUACUUUGUGCAAUUUUCUUUCAAAAACGGUACUGAUGACGACGAUGAGCUUGUGGCUUAUCCGCUUUUCGGAUUGAACUCCACUGUGCUCUCCUGGGACGACUUCGUUGCAAAAACAGAAGCGAUUUCGAUUACCAAUCUCGAGGACUGGUGCGGAAAAUGCUCAAGCACCUCCUCUCAGUGCACCAGAUAUUCUUCUACCUACGAGCAGGCUUCGGAGGCAGAGGAAAAGGGUAUUGAUCUGGAGAUGGUUGCCGACGGGUCUUACCAUCUUAAUAAGCUGUCCAACGCUGGAGCUGGGGGGAUUGGAGCUGGAGUCACCAUUGGUGUCUUCCUGAUUUUGGGAGCUCUUGUCUUUGCGUGGAAGAAAAUUGGAAGUAAAAAGGCUCCAUUGCUUCCUGUUGCCAAGACUGUUUCGAGAGAAACCAAGGCAGAGAACUCUUCAGCUUCCAAUGCCAGCAUCUAGUAUUUUUAGUUGUUGUGGACACGACCUUUCGGUAUAAAAUUAACA